CGUCGCCCAUCACCGUGCCAGCCCGUGCCCGUGGGCAAGCCAGUAGCAGCUUUCGUCGUAUGAUACGGACAGAGCAUGUACGUUUUGUUCGAUACGAACAGGAAGUCAGUGGAGAAAAAGAUCCAAGUGUGCUAGAUAGAAAAGGGUGUUUCGCAGCACAGUGCAUUCGUGCAGCGUAGUGAAAAGCGAGUUUGUGGAAUUCCGCAGUAGACGAGUGAACGGCUUUGCAUGGUGUGAAAAUCUUCUCCGCGAUGACUAUCAAGCCAGUGGUUAAUCAGAAAAGUGCAAAGGAGGAAACGCAGGAGAGCACUUCGCAGGCCCACGGCAGUGGUGGUGUUCGGACGGCACACCGUAAUGUGGUGCUCAAUCAGCUGUCGUCAUCGGAGUCGCAAGCCCUACCGAGGGACAUACGGGUGCACACGCCUCACAGCUUCGACAGCGACAGUGUAGUGCGUCAUCGCAGGAGCCCCCACAAAAACCUCGGUCGCUUGAAGCGCGACCACUACCACAAACGAGAGAGUCGAGAGCGUGACAAGGCGACCGGAUCACCCAGCUACCAUCACCAUGGGCUUCCGUCGGUCAGUGGCAAGAAACAGUCGGCCUCCUCCUGCUCGGGCCCGCUGGCCGGGACAGCAGUUGGUGGUCGCUCGCCGAAAAGCACCCUAGCGACCGGUUCAGUCGGUGGUUCCCUCAGUGGACUACCCGGAGUGAGCAACAGUGCGGCCGGAGCUGGCACAGUCAGUCUCAGUUCCGUCAUCGAGGAGGCACUGUCCGGAUACAACAGCGGCGACGAACAUAUCGGCCCAAAGGACGCUCAGCUGACACCGGACGAGUGGAAAAAACGGGACGAAACAUUCGCUAAGGACCUUUCGGAGCGAGGCUUCAUUCUGCACGAUAUGGAAGAGGACGGGGCCUGUCUAUUUCGGGCGAUUUCACUGCAAAUCUACGGUGACCAGGGCAUGCACGAGGAGAUCCGCCUCCAAACGAUGAACUACAUAUAUCAAAAUCGUGAAUAUUUCGCACAGUUUGUUACCGAGGACAUUGCUGACUACGUCAAGCGAAAACGGGCCAAUCACGUGCACGGCAAUCACAUAGAAAUCCAAGCAAUGUCCGAAAUGUACAAUCGCUCCGUGGAGCUGUACUGCUAUCAAAUAGAACCGAUUAACAUUUUCAAUUCGGAUCAAAUCAACAACGGCAACGAACCGCUACGGCUUUCAUAUCAGCGCGGUUCACACUAUAAUGCCAUAGUCAACCCGUAUAAGGCAUCCGUCGGUGUGGGCCUGGGCUUAGCCGGCUACCGACCCGACGAGCUGGACAUCAAGCAAGUGGACGAUGCGGUACGCAUGAGCGAAGAGCUCGAGAUCGAGAAAACCAUGUUCGAGGACAAGCUGAAAACCACUGACUGGGAGGCGACCAACGAAGCGAUCGAAGAGCAGAUCGCUCGCGAAUCGUACCUUCAGUGGUGUCGUGAUAAUAUGCGCAAUAGUAAUACCGGCGGAAGUGGUGCUGGCGGCGUUGGUGGUAGCGGUCAGAACAAGAGCACCAGUACCAUCACCUCCACCGAGAUGAUGGCAGCUGGGGCGAGUGGUUCGUCGUUUUCCGGCCAUGGGCUCGGCCAGCAACAGACGUCCUCGUUUGUGCUCGAAAUGCGCGCAUCAUCCACUGGCCAGCAGUCGACACUGGCGGCCUACGAGGGGACAACGAUGCUGAACAGUAGCGCUGGGUCGUCCAGCUCCAAGAACAGUUCGUUUGAGCUGGACUGUUCGCCUCCCUCACCGGCUCAGUGUAGCUCCCAGACCGUCGCUUCGUCCUUUUCCGUGCAACAACAGUACUACUACAAAACGGCAGGGUCCAACAGUAGUACCAUGACCACCAAGGCCGCCACCACCACGACUGGCACCACCAGCACAAGCACCAGCAGCAAUAUCAACACCAGCAGUCCCACGAGCAAUACGGGUGCCAGCAACACCGCUAGCGUCGAGUGCAAUCGGAGAAAAAAGCGCAUUCUUAACGCACCGACCGAUGUCAUGUCUAAUUACAGCGAAACGAAAAAACCUAAAUCGAACAGCAAUCGAACAGCGAGUGCCCCGGACAGUCCACCACGUCCACGUUCCGUCAGCCCUCUGGAAGGAGACGCACCCGUAACCAGCCCAUCCACGGCUGGUUCGUCGACGGUGGUCCCAGCAAAGGACAGCAGUGAAAACGAGGCCAGCAGCGGAACCAACGCCCAGCAGCCUCCCCGUGAUGAAACACCCGUUUCGGAGUUCUAUCAAUCGUUGCUGGAAUCCUCGUACACCGAUGACGGUAGUUUCGGACAGCUGUCGGAACGAGAAAUGAUCCAGAAAGCACUGGAAGAAUCGGCAAUGGACUUUGUGAAGCGCAGCGAUGGUUCCAAGGCUUCCCUCGAGGACAAGUACGGCACAACGGAUGAGGAGUACGACUCACCGUCACCGUGAAGCUGGCGAAACAGUUUAUAGGCCACACAUAAGCCGAGAGAUAAUAGGCAGGAAGCGAGUUCUGCGCAUCAUUGUACUAGUGGAUAGGAUCUCUAGAGGAUAAUGCUACGAUCGGUUCAAUUUCUUCGUCUCUUAUUUGCACGCAAUCCCCCCCGCUCCCCCGUUUGCGUUUGUUCGGCAUUUGGGUUUGAAAGUCGUCUUUUUGAUGUGUGACGUGCGUGUUAUAUGCGUGUAGGAUUAGGAAUCGGGUGGCGCACAAGAGGCCAAUUCAUUUUGGAACGGACUUUUACACAAAACCUUCGCCCUGCGACCAAAGCCCCGCGUACGAGCGGCACUCAUAAUCGGGUCAUGGUAUUUUAACCAUGAAUAGGAAACGGCUUAAGCUUUUAACGUCGUCGUCGUCGUCGUAGUGUGUGUGUGCCCUAGUACCGCGGGCCGAUUAACAGGCAAUAGACAACAAAACAAAUAGUGUGUGCUAAAGUUCUGGUAGGUGGUCAGCAUCCGGUACACAGAGCGAGAGAGAGAGAGACACACAGGAGGGCGACGCACCACAACACAGGUGCGCGCGAAAUCGUUACUAAAUACUAAAUCAUUCACGCGCUGCACCCGAACUAUGAUGAUACAAUAUUCAAAAUUUAAUAACUAAAAA